UCAGUAUCCGACAAGAGCUGCCGCAGUACGGACCUCCUAGCAGCACCAUGAGGUUAUCCAUCACCACCACGCCGAUGCCGGAAAACAAAUGGGGGCUGAGGCACUUGAUAGGCAUCAUGGGCUUCUUCGCAGUUGGUAUCGGAUACAUUCACAGAUUCUGCCUCAGUUUAGCAAUUACUGAAAUGGUCAGGAUUCAUGCAGGGGGAGGAAAAAUUGAUGCACAUUCAUGCCCUUUAGCUCAGAAUACUACUACAGUAAUAAAAAAUGCGGGAGAGUUCGACUGGAGCGAAGAGACCCAAGGUCUCAUACUGAGCUCCUUCUUCUGGGGCUAUGUUAUCAACCAGUUGCCUGGGGGUCUGAUGGCAGAAAGGUGGGGGGUAAAAUGGGUGCUUGGAUUUGGUAUGCUCAUAUCCUCCAUGGCUACCCUUCUUACUCCAGUGGUCUCUAGGACGUUAGGAUCAUGGGGACUAGUUUGUCUCAGGAUUGCAAUCGGCUUUGGGCAGGGCCCCCUGUACCCAUCAUUAAAUGUGUUGAUGUCAAACUGGAGUUCUGCUAAUGAAAGAGGACGAUUAGGAGCUAUUGUUUUUGCUGGAGCACAAAUCGGAAACUUCGUUUCCAUGGCAAUAUCUGGCAUCAUCAUUUCCUAUUUGGGUUGGACAGGAGUAUUUUACAUUUUUGGAUCAUUAGGAAUCGUAUGGUUAGCAGUUUGGUUUAUUGUUUAUUACAAUUCCCCACUGGAACAUCCUUAUAUCAAAGAAGAUGAAAGAACUUAUAUAAUUACAACUUCUGGGAAAACUCAUUACAAAGAUUUGCCACCGACUCCAUGGAUUCCUAUUUUGACAUCUGUUCCAUUGUGGGGAUUGAUCAUAGCACAAGUAGGCCAUGAUUGGGGUCUAUUUACAAUAAUUACAGAUCUGCCGAAAUAUAUGAAGAGUGUUUUACACGUCUCAGUCAAGGAGAAUGGAGUCAUUUCUGGUGUACCUUACUUGGGAAUGUGGUUUUUUGCCAUUAUAUCUGGAUGGGUCGUCGAUUGGAUGAUAGUUAAGCUUGGUUGGGGUAUAUCACUAGUUAGAAAGAUGUUUAUUACGAUAGCUUCUAUUGGACCAGCUAUUGGAAUUAUUGCUGCUUCUUAUUCUGGGUGCGAUAAGCUUUUAACUUCAGUUUUCUUUAUCUUCGGAAUGACAAUCAUGGGUGCAUUUAUACCAAGCCUAAAAGUGAAUGCCCUCGACCUUAGCCCAAAUUAUGCUGGAACGCUGAUGGCUAUAGUCGGAGGUAUAGGAGCGAUAUCAGGAAUUUUAACUCCAUAUCUUGUUGGAGUACUCACACCUAAUAGCACACUUCUUGAAUGGAGGUUGGUAUUUUGGAUAUCUGUCGCUGUGCUUAUGGGCACAAACAUUAUCUACCUCCUAAUGGGAACUGCUAAAACACAGUGGUGGAACGAUCCUGACCAAGUACGAAGCUACACUGAGGGAAAAGAAAAGAGCAAGGAGAAGGAGGCUGCAUAAUUGUUACUUCUUAAUUUAAUCUUAUAUUUUAAAUACUGUAAUAUAACGUUAAUAUAAAGGAACUUCCUUUGUGAUGUACAUCCCAAGAAGAGAACAGAUCAACGGUUAACAUAUCCAUUCAGUAUUAAAUUCAAAUAAUUUUUUUUUUCAGUUACAUAUAUGUGUUAUAUGACUUAAUUUUGAUUACAUUCAAAUAAUUGAAGACCUAUUAGGAAGAAAAUGUUAUGAGGUCUUUUUGGAAUGAUUGGGAUUUUAUCUUGAAAAUUAUUUUAAAUACUUCUUUCUAUAUAGAAACUUGUUUAAUCCUUAUACUGUGCUAGUUUUCAACCUAAAAUAGGAAUGAAUAUCAUUAAAUUCAAUUUAUCCCAGAUUCAAAUAUUUAUAAUGCACAUUUCUUGCACUUCAAUUGUUAUGCUAAAAACAAAAACUUUCACAACAAAAUUAUACAAUGUAUUCCAAUGAAUCUAUUAACAUUUUAAUAGGUUAUCAAGAAAUACUAUAAAAACAUGAAACUAUAAAAAACGGUAUUUUCAUUUCCUUUUUUUUUUUACAGUAGACCAUAGGUGGGAAACAUUUUACCAUUAACAUUACCACAUUUAAAAUAGUCAGUAAUAAAGAAAGCCACUAUAUUUGUUAAUAUUUCACUGUUGGUAUUUUUAUUUGUUUAAGAACAUAUCUAUAUAUAAAUUUUAAUUUUUAUGUAGUCAUAAUUGAUAUAAUAUAAUGUUAACAUAAUUAAAACUAGAACAAAAUUAUAUUUAAACUAAUAUAAACUUGCGGAGGCCACACGUUCCCUAUCUUUGGAAUAAACCAAUAUUAUCUUAUUCGAAAUACCAAAUGAAAAAAAAAAAAAGAAGGUAAAAACCAAACAGAAAUUUAAAGAAGAACAAAUAAAUUAGAGUAGUUAUAAUUGUUCCGUACCUGAAAAGGAGUUCCAUAAAGUAAGAAAGGAUGCCUGUAUAUUAUAAAUACGCAUACAAUUUUAUUAUUUUUUUAAAGUCUUUAGUUAUGUAAAAACUUAAUUUCGGCAAAAAUAAUGUAAAAAAUAAUAUAUGAACAGAUAAUCUGUUAACUUUUGAAAAAGAAAAUUGGGAUAGAUUUUAAAAUGGAUCUAGCAAUUUUUGACUACUUUUUAGAUGAUUUUAGGGUAGAAUUAAAGUUUUUAUUAAGUCAAUUAUCUAAAUAAAAGAUAAAAUAAUACUCAGGAUGAAGUUAAUUUAAUCUAAUUUUAUACUAAAUGCUUUGUGUUUAAUUGUAAAUUAAUAGUAAAUCUGCAGUGAUGAAUAUUGAGGACUGUGAUGUUUCAUAGAAAUCAAAGCAACCAUACCAUAAAUGCUACUUGGUGAAAUCAAUUUUAUUUUAAGUUAACAUUUUCCAUUCAGAUUUACUAAACUAAACAAAAGUGAUCUCAAAAAAUGUUUAAGUAAUGGAUUUAAAAGUCACAUACCUAAAUAGUAAUAUGAUAUUGUAAAAUAAAUAACAGAUAGGAAAUUAUAGUAAUAGAUA